UGUUCAAUUUCUCCAAAUCCAAACACACCCAACAAACAUUUUCACAAAAAGUAUUAUAUUCUUGUAAAAUUUUCUUUGUUUUCCCAUCAAAAUAUCCACAUAGUGCUCAAUAUGAUGGUGUGCCAAGAAGAGCCAUUGGUGAACCAAAUUAGUGAAUUGUAUGAGAAAAUCUCAAAUCUUGAGAGUCUUAAACCAUCAGAAGAUGUCAACAUGUUGUUUACACAACUUGUACAUACUUGCAUGCCUCCUAAUCCCAUUGAUGUCACAAAAUUACCUAACCAAAUUCAAGAAAUGAGGUCUAAUCUAAUUAGUCUUUGUGGUGAGGCUGAGGGACUUCUUGAAAAACAUUAUUCUUCACUUUUAGUCUCAUAUGAUAACCCUAUAGACCAUUUUGAUAUUUUUCCUUAUUAUUCCAACUAUCUUAAGCUUAGUUUAUUAGAGUACAACAUUUUGACCCAACACUCCACCCAUGCACCCAAACGGGUCGCCUUUGUGGGGUCUGGUUCUCUCCCUCUUACAUCAAUUGUGCUCGCCCUUAACCACCUUUGUGAAACCCAAUUCGAUAACUAUGACAAUGACCCAUUUGCUAAUGAGAUGGCAGCCCGGUUGGUGGAGCCCGACCCAGACUUAUCAGUCCGGAUGAAAUUUCACACUAAGGAUGUCAUGAGUGUGGGGAAAGAGGAACUUAAAGAGUAUGAUGUUGUUUUCUUAGCUGCCCUUGUUGGAAUGAACAAGGAAGACAAAAUCAAAAUCAUUCAUCACUUAGCCAAGAAUAUGGCACAAGGUACAACCCUAAUGGUUCGAAGUGCACAUGGUGCUCGGGCUUUCUUGUACCCGGUUGUUGACCCAGAAGACCUUUGUGGGUUUGAAGUCCUCUCGGUUUUCCAUCCAAUGGACGAGGUCAUCAACUCUAUUGUGAUAGCAAGGAAGGCCGUUGACAAUGAUCUUUCUUCAUCCCUAUACCCUAUUGAGUGGGAACAAAACCAUACUCAAAAUAUUUCUCCUUUAAGGUUGCAAAGUUGCAAGUGUUUGGAAAUUCAACCAUUUAACCCAUUAAAAUAUGGAAACAUACUUGGAGAACUAGCUUCUAGUGGGCAUCAAUAAGCUAUUAAGGUGUUACAUUAAGACAAUCACAAACUAGUGUAUGAGAUGAUGUCAUCGAGAGACGCUCCUUAUACUUUGAUGAAAUAGCUCAUUUAAUAUGUAUUAUGAAAAUAUAGGCUUCUUAUUUGAGUUUUUUUAACUGAGAGACAGUCUCUCACACGUAUAGCUCACAAUCACAAUAUGUAGAGCCCAACUAAGCUACAUACUCUCUUACCAUUCUUGUUAUAAUCUUUCUAGCUAAUUUUGUUAUUUCUCCCUUGUUAUUGCAAUAAAGAAUAUAAAUAUUUAGUGAGCAUAAGAUAUAUAUUAUAUUAUGCGUGAUCAUGUAGUUGUGUCGGUGUCAUAUCCAACGUCUCAAUAUUUCUCCAAUGAAAAUCUUCAAUUUCGUAGAAGGAAACUUCAUGUAUCGUAGCCCUACACAUGAUCAUUAUUUGAUCAAACCCUAAUGCAUUUUAGUCCUGGAUCAUCUUUUGUUUUAUCAAGCUCGGGCGUCUCAUAAAUUUUGGCGUCACGUGUCAAUUCUAUCUCAUAGACUCUUACAAUCUCUAAAUUAAAACAAAAAAUCAAAAUAUUAAUAUAUGAUAAAAUCUUU